GGUGGCCUCAGGAAUGAACGUGACCCUGCAGUGUCGGUCAGAGCGAUGGUAUGACUGGUGUGUCCUGUGCAAGGAUGGAGAAGAGAUCAGCCGCAGCAGGACCCAGAGCCAUCGAUGGGGGCGUCAGACUGACUUCUUCUUCCCUGCUGUGAAUCUGACCCAGGAUGGCACUUACCGAUGCUUCGGCUUUUAUAGUUCUUCCCCCUCCCUGUGGUCCUCCCCCAGCGCCCCCCUGCUGCUCCGGGUCUCAGAGAACUUCUCUACAAGUCCCAAGUCUGAGAAUGGGCUCUCAGGUCUCUCCAGCCUCCAAGCAGGCAUCCUGGUGGGCAUCUCAGCCUUCCUCAUCCUGACCUUCCUCUUCCUCUCUCUCCUUUGCCUUCACCGCCAUUGUUAUCAGCCCAGACUGGGGAAAGGGGACAGAGAGACAGACAUCAAGAUGACCAGGAGAUCAGAACAAGCUGGGACCACCCUAGAGGAGACCGUGUAUGCUGCUGUGAAUGAAGACAAACAGACAGAGGAGGCUGGACAAGAGGACACGGCUGCUCUCCAAAGAGAAGCCCCUCAGGAAGUGACCUACAACCAGCUGGACCACAGGAGCCUCAAGUGUGGGGCUGAGUCACAAUCUGGCCCAGUGGAGCCCAGUGUCUAUGCUGUCCUCCAGUGAGCUUAGCCCAAGCCCAGAGGACCAGACGAAGGAGCUGCUCCUUCAUCCAUUCUCCCUCUGCUUCCUGAGGGCAGACCCUGUCCUACCUCAUCCGCAGGACACCCUGCCAUUAGCAUCUCGGCUUGUCACCCCACGAGGAAAAGCAGAAAUACAAGGCUCCCCUUUACCCUCUGAGUGAGUUCUGAGCAGGGUUCCAGGAAGAGAGAAGUUUAACAAGUCAGGAAGGACUUUCAAAUGAGCCUCCUCCUUCCCACCCGGAUUUACUGCCUGUUUCUUUAUCUCUGUAAUUGGAUUGUACCUUCUGUAAAACCUUUGGGGGCUUCCUUGGUCUGGAGGACAUCCUGAAACCCCCAAUGAUGUGUUAACUUAUAAUAAACGGGUCAGGGACAAGCUGAUCUCGGCCACUCUUGUCUCCCUGCCUGACUCCACACUA